GUCUCCGAUAUGCGGCUCCACCAUUUGGGCUUGCAGCUCCAAGAUCUCAAGCAAACCUUGCGCAGUUGCGGCGUGCAAACGGGGAGCACGGUGCAGAUGGUGGUGGUGAGCAAGGAGAAGGCUCCACGGAAAGCUCGGCUGUUUCUCCGUGGCACGGAGAUGAAG